GCUGAACGUGACCUAGAUUUAAACACGCAUGCGUACUUGUAGAAACUUGUUAGUGAUUCUGGAAAGGGUCUUUUUGUUAGCUAGGUCGAGAGGCUUGAAAUUUGGUGUUUGAAUUCCUUCGUUCUAUAACCGUUUUUUAUCUGCAUACAUUUCGAGUGUCUUUUAUGAAUAAUCAAAAGCAGCAAAAGCCAACGCUUACCGGCCAGCGUUUCAAAACGAGGAAAAGAGAUGAAAAGGAGAGAUUUGACCCUACUCAGUUUCAAGAAAGUAUCGUUCAAGGCUUGAAUCAAACUGGCUCUGAUUUGGAAGCUGUCGCAAAAUUCCUUGAUGCCUCUGGCGCCAAGCUUGACUACCGCCGGUAUGCAGAGACACUCUUUGACAUCCUGGUGGCUGGCGGAAUGCUGGCCCCAGGCGGGAGUAUAUCCGACGACAUGACCCGUACUGAGUUCUGCCUCUUCACGGCACAAGAGGACCUGGAGACAAUGCAAGCAUAUGCUCAGGUUUUUAACAAGCUGAUCCGGCGUUACAAGUACCUGGAGAAAGGGUUUGAAGAGGAGAUCAAGAAGUUGCUGCUGUUUUUAAAAGGGUUCACUGAGUCAGAACGCAACAAGCUGGCCAUGCUCACUGGCAUUCUGCUGGCCAAUGGAAACAUAUCAGCUGCCGUCAUUGGGAGUCUCUUCAACGAGAACGUGGUCAAAGAGGGAGUAUCUGCAGCCUUUGCUGUGAAACUGUUCAAGUCCUGGAUUUAUGAAAGGGACAUCAACGCAGUUGCUAUCGCACUUCGCAAAGUUGGCAUGGACAACAGACUGAUGGAGCUCUUCCCUGCCAACAAGCGGAGCUGUGAGCAUUUCUCGAAGUACUUCACGGAUGCUGGGCUGAAGGAGCUGUCAGACUUUGCCCGGAACCAGGAGGCCAUCGGGUCCCGUAAAGAGUUACAGAAAGAGCUUCAGGAGAUGAUGGGUCGUGGGGACAACUUCAAAGAAGUUAGGGCCGGAAUAAUUGGCUACGUCAGGGAGGAGAUGAAGAAGACUAACAUCUCUGAGCAGUUGAUGAUCGGCAUUGUCUGGUCAAGUGUCAUGAGCUGUGUGGAAUGGAACAAGAAAGAGGAGCUGGUCUGCGAACAAGCCAUCAAACACUUGAAGCAAUACAGCCCUCUCCUCAAGGCCUUCACAUCCCAGGGAGCCUCUGAAAUCCUCCUCCUGGUGAAGAUCCAGGAGUACUGCUAUGACAACAUCCACUUCAUGAAGGCCUUCCAGAAGAUUGUGGUGCUCCUCUACAAAGCGGAUGUUUUGAGUGAAGAGGCCAUUCUGAAGUGGUACGCGGAUGCCCACGUUGCUAAAGGGAAGAGCGUGUUCCUUGAGCAGAUGAAGAAAUUUGUCGAGUGGCUGAAGAAUGCAGAGGAAGAGUCUGAGUCGGAGGAGGAGGAGGAGAACUGAGUCCUCAACCCUCCAGAUGUGCAUUUUAACUACCACAGUAGCAGCAGGAGCAGUAGAAUGGGUUUUAUUUUUUUGUUACAGAAACGCUAGUCUCUCCCAUAUCCCAAUUUAUUUUAAUGUUUUUUCUAUUCUACCUCCUGUUUUCUUUCACCCCUCUGCUACACUUACCUGCAAUUCAAGGGCUGUGAUGUAAACAGUUGACUCCUUAUUUGAUCUCAUUUUAAAACAUACUAGUGCACAGAGUUAAUAAAAUCUCCAACUGAAAAAAACUACAAAUUAAGUGUUAACUUGCUUGUAAAGAAGCAGAGAAGUACCCCCUUGCUAUUAGUAUUACUAGAAUGCCUUCUGUAUUUGGGGAAAUUGAACAUUCCACAUGAUUAAGAUACUUUGUUGUUGCUGCUUCCAGUGUAAAGUGUAAUAACUGUGAUAUUCCCCCAUACUACUGUAUUGGUUUAUAUUGGAGUAGUAUGCCUUCUUGCCACGUGACUUAAAGGCACCCUUAAAAUGAGUCAAUGCCUUUUACGCCAAACGGUUAGCAGUAGCCCUGUCCUCAUGUUAGCUCCUUUCCAGACCUUGGCCUUUUGGAUGAAGCUGUAAUGAACGUUGAAUUGGUGAUCUGAUGAACAUUGUGCAGUGGCGGUCAUCAUGGUAGAACUCCCCUGACCUGAGUGAUGUCCUCUCUGGAAGAUGCAUUGCCAGCUAACUGAUUAAUAUUGGUUACUACUUUUAAUCUGAAACCAAUUGACUUUUUUUAAAGAAAUAAACAUGACUAAAAUUCA